AUGGCUUCCCCGAGUGUCAAACACAUUUCAGAGAGCUUCAUCCAGCCUCACUAUGCUUCUGAAGUGUCGAAGCAACCCUUCUACCUCACCCCCACCGACCUCGCCAUGCUCUCCGCCCACUAUAUCCAGAAAGGCCUCCUCUUCAAGAAACCUCUUCAUCAAACCAACAACCCCAAUUUUAUCGAUACCCUUUUGGCCAAAUUGAAACACUCCCUUUCCCUCGCCCUCGUUCAUUUCUACCCUCUCGCUGGUCGGCUUGUGACGAAGAAAGAACAAGACCCUCAUCUGUACUUGGUCUAUGUUGACUGCACCAACAGCCCCGGAGCCAAGUUCAUCCAUGCUUCUCUUGACAUGUCCGUCUCCGACAUUGUCUCCCCAACUGAUGUCCCCUUGGUGGUUCAGUCCUUCUUUGACCACGACAGGGCUAUCAACCACGACGGCCACACAACGUCCCUGCUCACGGCUCAGGUCACGGAGUUGGUUGACGGCGUUUUCAUCGGGCUGUCAAUGAAUCACUGUCUCGGUGAUGGAACGUCUUACUGGAAUUUCUUCAAUACUUGGUCUGAAAUAUACCAAGCUCAAGAAAAGAACAUCACUCUGACCGAGAUUUCUAAUCCCCCAGUGAUGGAUCGGUGGUUUCCUGAAGGUCACGGUCCUAUUAUUAGCCUACCUUUCACAGACCCGAGUGAGUUCAUUGACAAAUUCGAAGCACCGAAGCUCAGAGAGAGAAUGUUUCACUUCUCCUCAAAAUUCCUAGCCAAACUCAAAGCCAAGGCCAACUCAGAGUGCGAGUCCAGCAAAAUCUCCACCUUCCAGUCAUUGUCGGCUCUUCUCUGGAGGACUAUUACUCGAGCACGGGUUCUCCCUGCUGAUCAAGAAACCACUUGCAGGUUGGCUGCGAAUAACAGAGCAAGGUUAGACCCGCCAUUGCCUUCAAAUUACUUUGGCAACUCAAUUUAUCCGAUCCAAUCCGAACCGAUCAAAGCUGGUGAGUUGCUUGAUCACGGGCUUGGAUGGGCCGCGUGGAGAUUGCACCAGGCGGUGCUCAACCUCACUGACCAAGAACUAAAAAGGUUUCUUGAUGGCUGGUUAAAGUCGCCGGUUGUGUUUAGUAUACAAUUUUUCGAUCCGUUUAGUGUUAUGAUGGGGAGUAGUCCUAGAUUUGAUAUGUAUAGAAAUGAAUUUGGGAUGGGAAAAGCAGUGGCGCUUCGAAGUGGAUAUGCAAACAAGUUUGGUGGCAAAGUGUCGUCGUUUCAAGGGCGCGAACCAGGAAGCAUUGACUUGGAGGUGUGCCUUCCUCCGGAGGUAAUGAGGACUCUUGAAUCUGAUGAUGAGUUUAUGGAAGUUGCUUCCGUACCAAGUUAUGAUCAGUCCAGCUAUUUGAGCAUGUUGGUCAUUGAUACAUUAUAUUUGGUUAAUCUACUAUAUAUCAAUCUCAAAUCUAUGGCUUCCCCAAAUGUCAAACGCAUCUCUGAAUGCUUCAUCCAGCCGCACUCUGUUUCUGAAGAAUCGAAGCAACCCUGUUACCUCAACCCCACUGACCUCGCCAUGCUCGCCGCCAAUUAUGUCCAGAAAGGCCUCCUCUUCACCAAACCUCCUCAAUCCAACAAUCCCAAAUUCAUCGACACUCUUUUGGCUAAACUGAAACACUCUCUUUCCCUCGCACUCGUUCACUUCUACCCUCUCGCCGGUCGCCUUGCGACAAAGAAAGAAGAAGACCCUCAUCUGUACUUGGUCUAUGUUGACUGCACUAACAGCCCCGGAGCCAAAUUCAUUCAUGCUUCUCUUGACAUGUCCGUCUCCGACAUUCUUUCCCCAACUGAUGUGCCCUUGGUGGUUCAGUCCUUCUUUGACCAUGACAGGGAGCUCAACCAUGACGGCCAUACCACGUCACUGCUGACGGCUCAAGUCACGGAGUUGAAGGACGGCGUUUUCAUCGGGCUGUCAAUGAAUCACUCUCUCGGUGACGGAACAUCUUACUGGAACUUCUUCAACACCUGGUCUGAGAUAUUCCAAGCACAAGAAAAGAACGUCUCUCCCACCGAGAUUUCCAAUCCACCAAUGUUGCAGCGGUGGUUUCCUGAAGGUCGUGGUCCUAUUAUCAGCCUACCCUUCACCGACCCAAGUGAGUUCGUUGACAGAUUCGAAGCUCCAAAACUCAGGGAGAGAAUGUUUCACUUCUGCUCAGAGUCCUUAGCCAAACUCAAAGCCAAGGCCAAUACAGAGUGCGAGACCAGCAAAAUCUCCACCUUCCAGUCCUUGUCUGCUCUUCUCUGGAGGACUAUUACUCGAGCGCGUAGUUUGCCACCAGAUAAAGAAACCAGUUGCAGGUUGGCUGCGAAUUGCAGAGCCAGACUAGACCCAGCAUUGCCUACAAAUUACUUUGGCAACUCAGUCUAUCCAAUCAGAUCAGAAGUGAUCAAAGCUGGUGAGUUGCUUGAUCACGGGCUUGGAUGGUCCGCAUGGAAAGUUCACCAGGCUGUGGUUGCCCUCGAUAACCAAGCACUCAGAGGGUAUGCUGAUGACUGGUUUAAGUCACCGAUGGUGUUUAGUAUGCGAUAUUUCGAUCCAUAUUGUGUGAUGAUGGGUAGUAGUCCUAGAUUCGAUAUGUAUAGAAAUGAAUUUGGAAUGGGAAAAGCUGUGGCGCUUCGAAGUGGGUAUGCUAACAAGUUCAGUGGCAAAGUGUCGGCGUUUCAAGGGCGCGAGCCAGGAAGCAUUGACUUGGAGGUGUGUCUUACUGCGGAUGUUAUGAGGGCUCUUGAAUCUGAUGAUGAGUUUAUGGAAGCUGCUUUUGUAUCUAGUUAUGAUCGGUUGAGCUAGUCUGAAAUAUGUAUGCUGAAUAUAUAGUAACUGUAUGAUGUUGCCAGGUUCGUUCACCUUUAGUCGUAUUCGGUUAUGCUAUGACAAUUCUACGAGGAUUUAUCGCGUUAUGUUGACGUAGCACGGGAUUUAGGUUAUAUGAUGUCCUCCCGUUGUCAAAUUUAUCUUCUUUCUUAAUAAAUAAA